CUAUACCUCCUGGGCCCCCUGCAGCCGCAAGGCCUGCUUCCUCUGUAGUUAUGUCCCUGAAUAAGAAAGAACUUGUAGCUCCACUGACAUGCAGAGCAUUGGCCUGUGUGCAACUACACUUUUGCGUUUUUCAGGCAAGUCACAUGUGGUGUACGGCCAAUUUCUGUCAGCAGACCAUACACCACUUGUGACUGUGUACUUAAAUACAGACUUUAGCAAGCGCUUUCAGCUGAUUUAAAAACAUGGUGUUGAAAACACAUUAAACUGACCUGUGUGCCAUUGUCCUUGGGCUUGCUCCUUGUGUUUUUUUUGUGCUAAAAAAGUGCACUGAAAGCACAUAUGCAAUCAUGUUUAUAAUAUUACUAUGUAUAUAACUUUGUAAGGGCUAUACAGAUGAGAGUCCCUUCUCUAAACUAUGUCCGAUUCCCGCUACCAAUAUCAAGAAGCAUUUUGUGUGUUGUAAGAAGGUGCAGCAACCAGCCAUUUGUGACAUAAUGUAAACCUCACACCCACAUUUAUUUUCAAUCUCAGAGGGAACGUUUAAGCACCUGACUCUUCCCCUAAGGCAAGAUUAUUUUUAUUGUUGACUUAGAGCACUUUAUUUGCCAGAAACCAGUGGGUUAACUUCCUUUGAUUCACACAGGUGUCAGCUUUUCUUUCUUUGUUCCUUUUUGUUUGCGUGGAGAGGUGCAUACUUAUGGCUUUCUAGUUGUUUUCAAAAUAAAUUGUCCUAGAAAGCAAUUACCAUACCUGAGAGCUCACAGAGUGUGUGGGGUUAUACAGUGCCUAGCUGCCUCUUACAUGAACUCUGCAUGGUUGACAGGAGCCUUCGUUCAGACAAUGAAGGCAGAAAGAGCGUCCCUGCUUUCAGGAUACUGGAUGUUGCUGAGGUGUUUCAUGCCUGUAGGCUGAGUGAGUUCAUGUAGCUCCUAAAACUGUAGGGUGACUUUACAUGGAAAAGCAUGUCUGGGCGCAGCGUCCGUCUGAAAUCUGUUCCCAUCCAAAGCCUCUCGGAACUGGAGCGAGCGCGACUUCAGGAGGUUGCUUUUUACCGUCUGCAGCAAGAUUAUGAUUUGAAUUGUCAGAUCACCAUUCCCAAAGAUGGGCAGAAGAGGAAAAAGUCUUUGCGGAAGAAGCUGGACUCAUUAGGAAAGGAGAAAAACAAAGACAAAGAAUUCUUACCGCAGGCAUUUGGAAUGCCACUAUCACAAGUUAUUGCCAAUGACAGAGCCCACAAACUUCGUCAGGAUUCUCAAAAAGAAGAGCAGAAAGAUGUUGUCGAUUUUGUAGCUUCAAUUUUACCCUUUGGAUCAAAGAGACAGAAUAAAGAACUCUCGAGCAGUAAUUCAUCUCUGAGCUCCACUUCAGAAACACCAAAUGAAUCGACCUCCCCCAAUACACCAGAAGCAGCACCUCGGGCAAGGAGGAGGGGUGCAAUGUCUGUAGACUCUAUUACUGAUCUUGAUGACAAUCAGUCUAGACUCCUAGAAGCUUUGCAGCUGUCACUGCCAGCAGAGGCCCAAAGUAAGAAAGAAAAAGAAAGGGACAAAAAGUUAAGUCUGAACCCUAUCUACCGGCAAGUUCCCAGACUUGUGGACAGCUGCUGUUUACAUUUAGAAAAGUAUGGGCUCCAGACAGUGGGGAUCUUUAGGGUUGGAAGUUCCAAAAAGAGAGUUCGACAGUUACGUGAAGAGUUUGACCGUGGCAUAGAUGUGGCUUUAGAAGAAGAACACAGUGUUCAUGAUGUUGCUGCCUUGCUGAAAGAAUUUCUGAGAGAUAUGCCGGAUCCCCUUCUUACCAGAGAACUCUAUACAGCGUUUAUUAAUACUUUGUUAUUAGAUACAGAUGACCAACUUUUUACGUUACAACUACUUAUUUACUUGCUACCUCCCUGCAACUGUGAUACACUACACAGGCUGUUGCAGUUCCUUUCAACCGUUGCCAACCAUGCAGAUGACACAAUGGACAAAGAUGGACAAGAGAUUACUGGGAACAAAAUGACAUCUUUAAACCUGGCCACAAUAUUUGGGCCCAACCUGUUGCACAAGCAGAAAUCAUCUGACAAAGAGUUUACAGUUCAGAGUACGGCCCGCGCAGAGGAAAGUACAAUCAUAAUUGCAGUUGUACAGAAAAUGAUUGAGCACUUUGAAAGCCUUUUUAUGGUCCCUCCUGAUUUACAGAAUGAAGUUCUCAUGAGUCUGUUAGAGACUGACCCCGAUGUAGUGGACUAUUUGCUAAGAAGGAAGGCUUCCCAAUCAUCGAGUCCUGAGUUGCUAAGAUCAGAGCCAUCUUUCUCAGCAGAAGGAAGACAUUCAUCCACAGACUCAAAUAAAGCUUCUAGCGGGGAUGUUUCUCCAUAUGACAAUAACUCUCCAAUCCUGUCUGAACGUUCUGCUAUUGCAAGGCAAGAGGACAAUGUCAAUUCAGAGAAGCUUCACAAGGCUCCUGAACCACACACCCUGGUUGGGCACCUAUUGGUCAAAACCAGGGAUUAUUCCUCUACACAGUGCAAUAAGGAAAUUCCAGAGGAUAAUUUUGAUAUAUGGGGCACCUGGCAUUCAACUUUAAAAUCUACAUCCAAAGAUCAAGGAAUGACAGAUUCAUAUGGGAAUAUCUAUGAAAAUAACUCUUUGCAACAAGGACAGUGUUCUCAUUCCCAAGGAAACCUUGCUCAGGACUGGCAGCAGUGUAAAAACUCUGUAAAAGAAUUGGACAACGGAAAGCCAAACAUACGGAGGAGUCAGACGUCGUCUGCCAUUUCUGAGUUCCGAUCACACAUUCCAGUGACACGAGUAUGCAGCAAUCCACAGACAGAGUUAAGCAGAAGAAACCUGGAAUACUCGACAAGGUGUGAUCAGCACUUAAAUACCAGCAAUGCUGAGGACAUCACUGACAAAGAUGCAACAUUACCUUGUAUUGAGAAUAAACCCAGGCCUUUAUACCUGCAGCAUAUUGAUGUCAGUAAAAAUGAGGCCCGUCUCCCCCCUCCCUACCCAGGCUCAGUAAAACAAAGUGCAGCACAGACUCAUCGUCCCCCAGUAUUUUCAAAUGAGCAGGGUUUGUGGAGAUUGCCAAAGUCAGAGACAAUUGCUGGGACAUCGUUGGGUCGGACUCAAGCCACAGAACAAGCUGCUUGUAACAGGCAGAUUUCUCAGAAAAACCCAAACAAUAACCAGAACAGUAGGAAUCUGACAGAACAAGACUGGCAGGACUGGCAGAGAGAGAGGUGGCAGAUCUGGGAACUCUUAUCUGCAGAUAACCCAGAUACUCUCCCUGAAACACUAGUAUGAUGGACAAAAGAAUAUUCAGAAUGGACACAGAAGCCAUAGUCUUACUUGAGACUAAAGAAACAAGAAAGUGAAAAUUAUGUACUUUUUUUAUUUUUUUACACUUUUAUUUUUUAAUUCCUUUGGAACUAUUUUUUGCAUUUAUACGUAUGCAUCACUGCCAUGUUGUCUUUUCUUUAUAAAUCGCUGCUUACAUCUAAGGACAGGAGUUGAACAGUUCUUAUCACGGUGAAUGGUGUAUGCUAAGAAAGCAGCUAAGUAGAUUGGCUGUCUUAAAGCCUAGACAUUCCCUAUGUAUAUUCUUCAGUGAGCUUGUCGGCAUUACACUAUGUGCUGUGGACACAAGCAGUAAAACAAUCAGUUGAAAUAGUUUUGUUCUUCACUGCACUUGUCUUGCCAUGAUAAUCAAGAACUUCUUUAUAAAUUACGCACACGCUGGUUUCUGUGCUUUUCAUUUUUUUAUUGGGGGGGUUACUUUUUUUUUUAUUCUCAGGUUGCUGGGGGGAAAGAAGCAGCUUAAAAUGCCAUAUUGCAGGGCACUAUCAUAGGAGGACUGUAAUUGACUCCAUGUUUUAACUUUUACAUGUUUGCUUCUAAGAAAGACUAUAUAUAGUUCCAUUUUAAUCAAGUACAGUAGGUUGGAAUGUAGCUACCAUAGGAUAUAAAAAGAAAAACUAUUAGAAAACAAGGGUCUCAAGAGCAGUCUACAUACAUUCAUCACUCACCACAUCUUUCUUGUAAGCACUGAAAGUGCUAGUCACAGCUAUAACAUUUUAUAAAUAACCCCCUAUAUGUGCAAUCCAACUCACCCUUCAAAUGUAAUGCCCCAUCGCUGCUCAUUGACUUUCUGUCCUAUGCAUUAACAUAUGCAUACCUAUGUCCCUUUAGUUGUUGGGGGAUUUUGGAAGUGCAAAUUAAGGCCAUAGUAAGGGUAACUGUAAAUAAAGUGAUAUGGUGGCCAUCUUGACUUGCCCUACUAUGUGUGGGUUUCAGUGCUUCCACCCCUAUUUUCACUCCAAGAAACAGUUUUGCAAGUAUGAAAAGUCAAUUGUAGGCAAUAAGUCUAAAAUACAAUGUGUGCCUCCUCCAGCUGGACAAAAAUUACCAAAACUAGGCGACAUUAAAACAUAUCACCCGUGGAUCUUAAUAUGGGUUUUUUUAGAUCUAAAUUUAGAUUCAGAUUUACAAACAGGUCCUAAGAUUACUUGUCAACUAAUAAAUUAUCCCUUGCUGUACCUGCAUCUUGCUGAAAGAAGCUAAUCACUGAUUGGCUGCUGUGGGUUACUGCCCAUUUGUAAUUUUGCCCAGUGUUCAGUUUGAGUUACAAAACACUAAGGGAAGCAAUAUACAAUAAAAAAGAAAAAAGUUAAUCCCUUAGAGUAACCCCCUCCUGCCGUUCCCUUUCAGUCUCUCAACUGCGUGAAAAAAGUUCCAAAAAAAUAAGAAAAAAAUAUACAUAUAUUCCAAUUU